CGUGUAACGUAGACAGUAGACUGACCAAUCCAACUCCAUGUAUUAAUGCUCUCCCAAUUCUAUUGACAAACAAAACAACUUUUCCUUUACUGAGCUGUUUUCUUGGAAGCAAUCCCGAGCUCUACAGUCUUGGAAGCUCAGUACCUUAAGGGUAGCUGCGAUUUUAAAAGAUCAUCUUUGCUUAAACCUUGUGAAGUUCAGUUUCAAGGGUGUUUGCUAUUUGGCAGAAUUUGGAGCUAGGGGAUAUGAGUGCUGCUACUUUCAACUCUGUUUCCUGUAGUAGAGGAUGCCGGUGGAAGGGAGAUGGGAAAAUUUGGAAGACCAACAAGCCUAAUGGAGAUUACCAGCUCAAUGUGAAAAGGCACUCGGUAGUUUCCCCAAAAGGGUUGAGUAUUUCAUGUUCAAAGCUGGAGAAAGAAGUCCGUGUAGCUCUUCUAGGUGCUAGUGGAUAUACCGGUGCUGAGAUAAUCCGACUUCUUGCGAAUCAUCCUUCCUUCGGGAUUGGUCUGAUGACUGCUGAUAGAAAUGCUGGGAAAUCAAUUGAAUCAGUGUUCCCUCACUUGGUUACCCAAAAGGAUUUGCCGACUUUGAUUUCCACGAGUGAUGCAGACUUUUCAGAUGUGGAUGCUGUAUUUUGUUGUUUACCUCAUGGAACUACACAGGAAAUUAUUAAAGGCCUUCCACAUGGACUGAAAAUUGUUGAUCUUUCUGCUGACUUUCGACUGCGAGAUAUUUCGGAGUAUGAACAAUGGUAUGGCCAAGCACAUAAAGCACCAGAUUUGCAGGAAGAAGCUGUAUACGGUUUGACAGAAAUGUUCAGAGAACAAAUAAAAGCUGCACGAUUGGUUGCUAAUCCAGGGUGUUAUCCAACAUCAAUUCAGCUUCCUCUUGUACCUUUGAUCAAGGCUAAACUCAUCCGAGAUCAGAAUAUCAUCAUCGACGCAAAAUCUGGAGUCAGUGGGGCAGGACGUGGUGCCAAAGUGAGUAACCUCUACACAGAAUUAUCUGAAGGCAUAAUGUCUUAUGGUGUUACAAAACAUCGACAUGUUCCGGAAAUUGAACAGGGUUUGUCUGAGGCUGCUGGGGUUAAAGUAACAGUCAGUUUCACCCCACACUUGAUGCCAAUGAGUCGUGGAAUGCAAACUACAAUAUAUGUUGAGAUUGCUCCAGGCACCACUGUCGAUGAGUUAUACGAGCAAUUGAAGUUGUCGUACGAGAAGGAAGAAUUUGUGAGAGUUCUAGAGAAAGGAGUGGUUCCUCGAACUCACGAUGUCCGCGGUUCUAACUACUGUUACAUGAAUGUGUUCCCUGAUCGAAUCCCUAACAGAGCAAUCAUUAUAUCAGUUAUCGACAAUUUGGUGAAAGGAGCUUCUGGUCAAGCUAUACAGAAUCUGAACAUAAUGAUGGGUUUACCAGAAAAUGCUGGGCUUGCCUCCUACCUGCCCGUCUUCCCUUAGAAGUUAGACCCCCCUUUCUCAAGAACUUGAACUUCUGUGACAAAGUGCUCUUUUUUCCUUAGCAGGGAUUUGACUUAGCUGCAAAAUGCAAACCUCCUCUUUGAUUUAGGCAAUGGCUUCUGUAACGCCAAGAAAUGUCCUUCAACCUUAGCUUUCAUUAAAGUUGGUUGGAUCUCCGAACGACAUUUCACUACAUACAUAAUGCACAAACCUUAGAUCACUAAUACGCAAAAUGAAUACGAAUCAUAAUACGCAAUGAACAUUGAACAGGAGU